GUCAUAUCGAGGACGAUAAGCGCAUUUGGCACAACAAAACCCCAGCCGAUCGCUGACACUCUUCUUCCCCCAACAACCACCCACUCUGUCCUUUUUCAGACACAGUGAUAAGCAUAAAUUUCCCAUCAAUUGAAGAGCAGCAUCCCAAUGGGCCAACCGGCUGAAAUUGGUCGGUCUCCACCGCCGCCCAGCUCCAGACGACGGGGCGUGUAUCUCAUCCCCGCAGUGAUCAUCUUCCUGUGGACCCAAUUCGCCCUCUUCCCUCGACUGCUAUCCUCGGACCACCCGGCAACGCAAAAGCUGUCGCAGCACCGUCUGGAGCAAUUAGAACAUCAUCUUCAAGCAUGUUCUGCGUUGCACCGCCCGCCCGUUGAAUACGAGCAGCCGACGGGGCUCAAUCGAGGCAACCCACGUUGGAGCGCCAAGACGGGGCAGAGCCAAGCGGUUGUUCUGCGCAACGCGACCCUCUUCGAUGGCGACCACACCCUCGACCACCCCGUCGACAUCACCUUCCACAGAGGUAUCAUCACACACAUCAUUCCUACGGCUCAACAUGACUCAAUCCCCGAAGACCAUGAGGCCCUCGUCCUCGACCUCGAAGGCCGAUUCGUCACCCCGGGACUGGUGGACAUGCACUCGCACCACAUCGCAGGCUCCAGCCCGGACGUUCGCGCCGUCGAAGAUGUCAACGAGGUACACCCGGAUUUCGGCCCGCUGACCCCCUACGUAAGGGCCCUGGAUGCCUUGAAAGCCUACGACCCGGUCGCUGCGAUCGUCGCCUCCGGUGGCGUCACCUCGUCGCUGAUUCUGCCUGGCUCCGCCAACAUCAUGGGCGGCGAGGCUGUGCCCGUGAAGAACGUCCGGCGUGACGAGGCCGGGGAGGAGCUGGUGGAAGAGCUCCUGCUUGAGCAUGGCGUGCCCAAGGAGGAACGGCGGCGGUACAUGAAGAUGGCCUGUGGCGAGAACCCCAAGGACGUCUACGGCCACACGCGCAUGGGGAACGCGUUCCUGUUCCGCAAGCAGAUGGACAGUGCGCGACAGCUUCUUGUCAAGCAGGAUGACUGGUGUCUGGCCGCCGCGGCGGCCUAUGAGACGGGCGAUGAGCGGGCGAUCGCGGACCUCGUGAAGGACGGAGGCUUGCCGACCGAUAUCGCGUUGGAGUCCUCAGUCGCGAUGCUGCGCGGGCAGGUGGGCAUUAACAUUCAUUGUUACGAGAGUGAGGACAUUGAGGCCAUGAUUCGCCACAGUGAAGAGUUUGGGUUCCGUAUCCAGGCUUUCCAUCACGCGCUGGAAGCCUGGAGGGUUCCAGACACGAUCAAGAACAGUGGCCAGAACAUCACCGUCGCCACAUUUUCGCACUUUGCGCAUUACAAGCACGAAGCAUACGAUGCUACCCUCUAUGCGGGCAAGAUUCUAACUGAACAUGGGGUCCCGGUGGCCUAUAAGUCGGACGGCUCGAAUGAGUUUCUCAACGCAAAGUAUCUCCUAUCCCAAGCCGCAGAAGCGCACUCCUUCGGCCUCCCCGAGGCUCAGGCCCUGCAGUCUGUGACGAGUAUCCCCGCCCGGUCCCUGGAGCAGGCCCACCGCAUCGGCUACGCCCGACCGGGCUACGAUGCUGAUCUGGUCAUCUGGGACUCGCACCCACUCGCCAACGGCGCCACGCCUCUACAAGUCUACAUUGAUGGACGCGCCACUCUCAACACGACCAUUGACCAGGCCAAAUUCAUCCAAACUACACUGUCUGCCCCCUCAAGCCGCCCACAGCCGAUCCUCAGCAAGAGAACCUCAGUGUGCGACCAAGCCUCCCGUGCAGACGCCAACCUCAUCAUCACGGGCAUCACCAAAGCCAUAAUCCCCGACCUUCAUCCGCAGUCCAACGCGGACAACCUCACCCUCGUCCUCUCCGCCGGUCGCAUUGCCUGCCUCGGCCCCGCAAGCGAGUGUCUCGCCUCCGCCGCCGCCGACAGCACAGCAAUCCACCUCCAAAACGGCCACAUCCUCCCCGGCCUGACCGCCGUAACCACCGGCCUAGGCCUCCAGGACAUCAUCAUGGAGCCCUCCACGGGCGACGGUAUUGUGUCAGGGUCAACACCCAAGACCAUCAUCUACGCGAAACACGGCCUCCACCCGGGGGGGAGCAAGGACCUCGCACGCGCGAGACUGGGGGGCAUCACGACCGCCAUCACCGCCCCGCUCGUGACGGCCGACGUCCCCGUCUUCCUGCGCGGAGUCUCCGUCGCCUUCAAAGUGAAUCCCCGCUCGACCAACACCUUAGCAGAUGAAACCAGCACCAGCGAGUCAGAAACCCUCCUCGACCGCGCAAUCCUCCAGCCAGACGUAGGCCUGCACAUCCACAUCGGCCAAACCGGCAAGACCGCAAGCACCCCCACCAUCUCCUCGCAGAUCGGCCUCCUCCGCCGCUUGCUCGCGGGAAGUCACCACCCCUCCUCCUCCUCGACUGAACACCACCCCCAAGACACAGAAGUGUACAUCCAGGUCGCGAACGGCACCCUCCCGCUAAUCAUCCACGUCCUCAACCACCACGACAUCCUGCACCUGGUGCAGCUGAAACGCGACUUCCCGGCCACCGACCUCAUCCUCUUCGGCGCGACCGAGGCGCCGCUCGUCGCGCGCGAGCUGGCCGCCGCCCGCAUCCCGGUGCUGUUCACGGGCCUCCGUCCGAACCCGGAUACGUGGGAGGUGAAGGACGCGGUGGUGGGCGAUCCGCUGACACAGGCGGGGUUGAAGGUGCUGCUCGAGGCUGGGGUGAAGGUGGGGUUGGCGCAGGCCGGGUGGAGUGAUUCCGGGAUCCAUACUCUCGGGGUCGAUGCCGGGUUCGCGGCCAAGGUGGCCGGGCUGUCGGAGCAGAGGGCGGUGGAUUUGGUGAGUCGGGAGGUGCGCGAGAUUUUGCGUUUGGAUGGGGGCAGUCGUGCGGGGGAUUUUGUGGUGUAUGAGGGGAAUCCGUUGGAGUGGGGGGCGAGUGUGGUUUUGGCGGUCGAUGGGGAGAGGAGUGCUGUUGUCGAGUGUUGGCCGGAGGCU